CGCGCCUCCCCCAAAGCGAGCGUCCUCUGCCUUUUCUGCUCUCUAUGGUUACACUCUUCCUGGUCGCGCGUUGAUUACGUCACCACCCUGUACAACACGUGCUGAGGCUUCUGUGGAAGAACAAUCAUCAGACACUUUCGGUAAUGGCCAAAAGCAAAGGAAAAGGACCGAAAAAACAGAACGUGUUUCACGUUGCAAACAAUAAAAAUGUGAAAGCUAAAAAUAAAGCAAAGCCUGUCGUGUCCAACCUGAAGAAGAUCAAGGCUGCAACAAGCGACAAAGUCAGCAAAGUUAACCAGGCUUUUACAGAGCUGCACCAAGACAUGGCCCAGGCGAAAAAGACGCCCGCAGCCGUAUCAAAGGAGACUCGGGUUUCCAGGCCGAGCCGAGAAGCCCCCGCUGACAUAGAAAACGCCACUAGACCUAUUGUCACAGCUGUAAGUGACUUCCAUGGACAUCGCCCCUUUUCCCCACCGUACAAAGUGCACAACAAAGGACUUGAUUUAAUAUAUAUACACAUUUUAUUGGAAAUGUCUCAAGUACAAAAUAAAAAGUGGUUACAUAGUAAAGAAGCAUGCGUUUAAGAUGGCGGUUUACUACAGAUCUGUGAAAUGGAGAAAGUGCUGGGAACUACAAGGCACUUGGACUGUGAUCAGACGGCAGAAACUGGGCAGUGAUUAUUCUUAAUGUAACCACCUGCAGAACGAAGUGGUUUGGCACAAAAUUCUCUGCGGAAGGUUUUGUCAUUUUGUUAGUGGCUGCAUCUAGUGCCCCCAAGGCUCUGUCCUACCCUUGUGCUGCCGCGAGCCCUGCGGCUUUACAACCAGAAAAUCAGCAUUCAUUUCCCGGUGUUUCUGCUCUUGUUACUUGCGGAUUUGAUGCAGCUUUACUGCCUCAAUGGGUGAAAUCCGCAUCAGAAGUCAAACAUAAUUGACACGCUGUAAAUUUCUAAAUCCACACGGAAAACAGUAAAGUGUACUUGAUACUGUAUUAGGGUACAUGCACGCGACCGCGCCGUGUUUUGUGGUCUGCAAGUUGCAGAUCCACAAAACACGGAUGCUGGUCAUGUACACUCCGCAAUUAACGGAACGGAUAGAAAUGCCUAUUCUUUCCCGAAAAUGGGCAAUAUGAUAUUUUUUUUUGGGGGGGGGGCACGGAACAGAGCAAGUGAUGCAGACAGUACAAGGAGUGGUGUCCGCAUCAUUUACGCCAACACUGAAGUGAAUGGAGCCACAGCAAAAAGUAAAAUGGCUCUGUGCAUAAACCCUUAAAGGGGUUGUCCAAGUUAUAUUUAUUGAUGACCUAAUCCCCAGGAUAGGUCAUCAAUAUCAGAUCGGCUGGGGUCCGGCACCCCCACCGAUUAGCUGUUUGAAGAGAAGGCGCGCACCGUGCCAGCGCUGCCUCCUCUUCAUUGUUUACCUGAUCGCUGUUGCAUCCGCAGCAGUGACCAGGUGUAAUUACACCC